UUCGUGAAAGUGGAGUCGCGUCAUUGCGAGGCAAAGAUGGAGAAGAAGGUUAUAGACCAGAAAGAAUACUUGAAGAAAUAUUUAUCCUCGGGCACCGGCGAUGACAAGAAGAAGAAGAAAAAGAAAAAGCCGAAAACAGGAGCAAAAACAGUAAAGAUUAUUGACGAUGACAUAGACCUGAAGAACAUGAGACCGAUCGCUGAUCACGAAUUCGAUAUAUUCAUUGAUGGAGAGGACGCCCCGCAGAUCGCUGGCAUAGUGGAUGAACGAGGCCCGAUCGAUUUCUCUGAUCAGAGGAGAUGGAGAAUCAUUUCUAACGACCAGGACGGAGAUCUGACUAUUAGUCAGUGUAGAGACAGCAAACAGUCGAAAAUUGUUACGAACGAGUAUGAUCGGGAUUUAAGUCCUCCAAAAGAAUCUGGUACACGUAAGCUGAAUAGUAAGAGUUACCAUGGUUAUAGAGACGAUGAUUCGAAUGUGGAUACUGCGUCACAUAAAAGUAGAAAGGAUAAGAAAAAGAUGAGAGUACCUGAUUCGGAAGUAAGUUCACCUGGUCAGAAUAGAAACGAGAAUUAUGACUCGGAUUUAAGUCCGCCUAGGAAAAGUUCUCGCAAGAACUAUGAUUCUGAUUUGAGUCCACCGAGGAAGAGUAAAAACAGAAAUUAUGAUUCUGAUUUGAGUCUACCGAGAAAGAGUAAAAACAAAAAUUACGAUUCUGAUUUGAGUCCACCUAGAAAGACCAAAUCGAAGAACUAUGAUUCAGAUUUGAGUCCACCUAGAAAGACCAAAUCGAAGAACUAUGAUUCAGAUUUCAGUCCACCUAGAAAGACCAAAUCGAAGAACUAUGAUUCAGAUUUGAGUCCACCUAGAAAGACAGUAUCGAAGAACUAUGAUUCAGAUUUGAGUCCACCUAGGAAAACUAAAUCUAAAAACUAUGAUUCCAAUCUUAGUCCACCAAGAAGGAAUAAGAAGCACAAAUCUGAGAAAGCGACAAAACAUGCGAAUAAAAGUGAUUCGGAUCUAAGCCCACCAAGAAGAAGUAAGAAAGACGAAUAUGAGAAAAAGAAAUCGAAUAUAGAUUCUAGAAAACACAGAAAAAAUUCUGACUCAGACUUAAGUCCACCAAGGAAAUCUGAAAAAUAUAUGAAUUUGCAUGUAAGUUCCAAACAAAGGUAUAGAAAUGACGAUCCUGAUCUCAGUCCACAUAGACAAAGUGGAAAGCAUAAACAUGGGAAUCCGCAUGCUUUAUCGAAAGUGAGCAAAAGCUAUAAACAUUUCGAUAAGAGUUCUUGGUCAGAAAGGAGGCAUAAUUCAGAUACGAGCCCACCUCGUAGAAAGAACAGAGACAGAAGUAGAAGCAAAUCUAUGGAAGAUAGUAGAAAUCUGUACAAGUCUAAAAAGAAAGGUGAUGGUAAAUAUCAGUAUGAAGAUUCUUAUAGAAAAGAGAAACGUACAAGAGAUGUCAAUGACUAUAAGUUAUUAGAGUCGAACCCCAGAGAUGAUAAAAGUGAUUCUGAAAAGCGAAUGAAAAAGACUUUAGAUGGGAAACAAGCAGGUCUACAAAAUGCAAGAGCACUACGAGAAGAAACCGAAGCACAUAAAAAGAGAGAAGCUGAACAUUUCAGCAAGCUCAGUAAAGAAAUCACUGGUGUCGGUCAGGCUGCUAUCGUAAGAGACACAAAAACAGGUAGGAAACGUAACUUGGAAGCAGAAGCAGCCGAAGAACGUGAGAAGCAAAAGAGACAGGCAGAAUUAAAUGAGAAGUAUGCUAAAUGGGGGAAAGGCUUGAAACAGGUCGAAGACCGCGAAGAGAAAUUGAAAGAUGAUCUUUACGAAAUGAGUAAACCAUUGGCAAGGUACGCAGACGAUGCUGACUUAGACAAAAGACUUCGGGAACAAGAAAGAGAAGGAGAUCCCAUGUUGGAAUAUAUCAAACAAAAACAAAUUAAGGAAGGAAAAAGGAAACCAGAUCGACCAACUUAUGAAGGAUCUUACAUGCCAAAUCGAUUCGGUAUUAAACCUGGUUACCGUUGGGAUGGUGUUGACAGAAGUAACGGCUACGAGAAACGCUGGUUCGAAUCACAAAACGCUAAGACUGCACUGCAGGAAGAAGCAUACAAAUGGAGCACUUCCGACAUGUAAAAUGUAUACAUUGUUUCAUACAAAUCAACAAUAACCAUCCUGAUCAACCACAGGCAUUUGAACAUUGUAAAAUAUUCUUUGAACAAUCUAUACUUAAUAAACAUCUGUUUAACA